AUGUCUCUGGCCGGCCAGACUAUGCCCGUAAGGGAGUCGGUACAUUCCAGCCGAGAGGACCGUGUUACCUCCACCAUGACAGACAAGAAGGAUCAGCAGUCACAAAGGACCUCUUAUAGGGACUCGCUUCCCAACGCACCACGACCCUCCGUCCAAAACGACGACGCCCCGAACGAGAACGAGAACGCAAAGAUGUACGGCGACUACUACGAAGAGAUGACGGGUCCUUCCCCCAAGAAGGCCCAACCCACACAAACAGCACCGGCACUACCAGCCAAGAGCUCAUUGCGAGCUUCCAGACUCCUCGACGGCAUGGCCCUCAAGAUCAUUACAAACCAACCCACACAAGCAGCACCCCAAGAAGUCUACCUCUCCUCCGAAGAAGAGGCUUCCUCCUCCGCCGACGAGUUUUCAGACUACGACUACGAGUCCGAGAGCGCAGAGUCCGCCGACUCCCCCGUCCGUAGGAAGAGCCAAGAAGACACUGCCCGCGUCGUGUCUGUCGUCUUCGCCGGAAAGCCCUCCAUUAUCGACCUCCCCUCAACCAGAAGAUCCGCCUCGCCCGAGUCUAUGGAGUCCAGCAGGCCCCCGAGCCGCUUGGUCAUCUCAUCAACAGCACCCUCAUUGCGCAGGAUGUCUACCUCCUCUACUAGCGGCGCCUCCUUCUCCCCCGUCUUCCACCCACCCAGGUCAAGCAGCAUGAUGAUCACCAGCAGCAUGUUGCCCAAGGAGAAGCCCUCCUUCCUCAGCAUCGACCCUUACGCCAGCAAGCCAUUUGAUGAGCGGGCCGAGGAGCAACAAGCGGAGCCUGAGAGGCUCGAGAGACCCAAGACUCCCACCUCGCAACUGUUCAAGAGGACCCUCAGCAUUGUCCGCAAGCGCAGCCGUCCCCAACUCAGAGACCUGGCUGCCAACAACUCGUCUCGCGACCGCUUGUCCUCGCCAUCACUGGGACACUUGCCCUUGUCGGCUCAUGCAGACAUCAGGGAGGAGCCCGAGCAAAAGGCACCUUGGUCCGCAGUCAGCUACCACGAUAUCAUGCGUGCGGCCAAGAAGAACGCGCAGAAUCAGCCCCCGACCCCAUCUACCCCCGUCGCUCAGGUACAAUCGCCUAGCUCACCGGCGGGCAACACCCGGAGCCGGAUCCUCAGCGGCUUCACCAACCGCAGGAAGAGCAUCAAGAUUGGCUAG